GGUUUACCGUUUGACCCCACAUUCCUCUUGACUCUGGCGGUAUCCAACGUGAUAUGCUCCAUCGUAUUUGGUGAACGUUUUGAUUAUGAAGACAAGAAGUUUCUUGGCCUUCUUACUAUGCUGAAAGAAGCCUUUAGAAUAAUAAAUUCAUUAGCUGGGCAGCUACUAAAUGCUUUCCCAAACCUUUUCCGCCAUAUGCCUGGACCUCAUCAAAAGGCAUUAAAAAAUCUCUUCACUUUGAAAGCAUUUGUAAUGGAUAAGGUCAAGGAGCAUCAAGAAACCCUGGACCAGAACUGUCCCAGGGAUUUUAUUGACUGUUUCCUCAUAAAGAUGGAAGAGGAGAAGGAUAAUCCCAACACAGAGUUUCACUUUGAAAACUUGUUUGUCACAGUGAUGAAUUUAUUCUUUGCCGGGACUGAAACCACAAGUACAACAAUAAGACUUGGUUUGAGGAUUUUGCUCAAGCAUCCGGACAUCCUAGCUAAAGUCCAGGAAGAAAUAGACCAGGUGAUUGGACCAGAUCGAUGCCCAUCUAUGGAAGAUCGGAGUAAAAUGCCAUUUAUGGAUGCCGUGAUACAUGAGAUACAGAGAUUUGGGGAUAUCUUGCCACUAGGUGCACCUCAUGCAGCUGCCCAAACCACCUGCUUCCGAGGCUACACCAUUCCCAAGGGCACAACUGUCUUCCCACUUUUGACUUCAGUCUUGAAGGAUCCAAAAUACUUUAAUAACCCACAUAUAUAUUUGACCCAUAUCGUUUUCUGGAUGAGAAGGACCAUUUUCAAAAGAAUGAAGCUUUCAUGCCAUUUUCUACAGGAAGGAGAAUCUGCCUAG